GUAGUUGAAGAGUCGUCUCAAGGCCGCCUACCUAGCUAAGCGUGGGCCUAGGACCAACAGACAAUAUUUGCCAUAUGCCCAUGCGAGGCAGGCGUAUGUUACAUUGUAUUAUCGUGCGAAUAAGUUAGUGAUCGUGCUUUGAAAAUAGAGUGAAGUGAUAAAAAUGGAGGAGGAAAAUGGUGUGAAACAAACGCAGGCGCAUAAUCUUCUGGGACAAAAGACACAAACACCACAGAGAAGAAAAGACAAUGCACUCACGAAAACCUUACGUUCAUGCUGCUACAUACCACAACGGUACAUUUUGGGUGUUAUGGGCUUGUUGGGUGUCUGCAAUGCUUACACAAUGCGCGUAUGCCUAAACUUAGCUAUAACACAAAUGGUAAAUCGCACUAAGUCCAGUACAGACCAUUUCGACCCCGACGCCUGUCCCAACGACGAAGUCAUCGGAAAUGCAACUGCUAUUCUUAAACCAUACGCAAUCUUCGACUGGGAUGAAAAGACACAAGGAUUGAUAUUAAGUGGUUUUUACUAUGGGUACGCGGCCACUCAAGUACCGGGCGGAUACUUGGCUGAAAAGUUCGGAGGGAAAUGGACUUUGGGUGUAGGCCUUCUCAGUACCGCACUGUUUACUUUCUUGACCCCAAUUGUCAUUCGGGCAGGAGGUGCUACUUGGUUGUUUAUACUGAGAGUUCUGCAGGGAAUGGGAGAGGGUCCAACCAUGCCAGCGCUUAUGAUAAUGCUGGCACGAUGGGUACCACCCCAUGAGAGAGGAUUUCAAGGCGCCCUGGUGUUUGGAGGCGCCCAGAUCGGAAAUAUUUUCGGCUCAUUCAUGUCUGGAAUACUUUUAGCCGAUGGCAAUGAUUGGGCGUACGUAUUCUAUUUCUUCGGAGGCUUUGGUAUACUUUGGUUCGUUUUGUGGAGUCUUUUAUGCUAUUCAACGCCGAAUUCGCAUCCCUACAUCACGAAGAAGGAAUUAAAUUACUUAAAUAAGAAUGUAACUACUUCUGAAUCGAGUAAUGCGAAGGAUCCGGUACCUUGGAAGGCAAUAUUGCGAUCAGUACCCGCCUGGGCGCUUGUUUGGGCUGCGGUGGGCCACGACUGGGGCUAUUACACAAUGGUAACAGACCUACCGAAGUACUCGCACGACGUUCUCAAAUUCAAUAUUGCAACCACUGGAGUUCUAACCGCAUUGCCAUAUAUUGCGAUGUGGCUUAGUUCCUUUGUAUUUGGUUUCGUUUGCGACAUAUGUAUUAAGAAAGGCUGGCAUACGAUUAAGACUGGGAGAAUCAUUCACACAACUAUUGCUGCUACGGGUCCUGCAAUUUGUAUAAUAAUGGCGUCUUACUCUGGUUGUGAUAGAGUUGCUGCUAUGGUAUAUUUUGUAUUGUCUAUGGCACUGAUGGGAGGUUUCUACAGUGGUAUGAAGGUAAACGCAUUGGAUUUGGCCCCAAAUUAUGCUGGUUCACUGACAUCUCUUGUCAAUACGACAUCGACGUUCGCUGGAAUCAUAACACCCUACCUCAUAGGAUUGUUGACGCCUGACUCAACACUCGUGCAAUGGCGGACAGCAUUCUGGGUAUGUUUCACGGUGUUAGUUGGUACGAACGUAGUUUACUGUAUAUGGGCGGAUGGGGAGCAACAAUGGUGGGAUGACGUCAGAAAGUUCGGCUACCCAGCAGACUGGAAGCACGGAUCACUUUUACGAGAUGACGUCAUUGAACAACCAGAAGCAGUUAAGCUAUCGAGUAGAAAAGAUACUGACGAUGAUUAAGAAAAGAUUUUAGCGUCCAAAAGUAGAAUUGAUGUGUGAGAUAUUGUUUGAUAUUAGCAGCCCAGUGUGUAAAAUACGUUUGAAUAUCACAUAUUUUAUAAUUAAUUAUUUAUGCCAUUUUUAUUUGCCAUAUUAUAGUUUUUAAUUAAAACUACAGAGUAACAGUUUAAAUAAACGCUAAAACUAUUUUAACUAAAGUACCAAUUUAUCUCUGACAGUGUGAUAACGCUAAAGAUGUUGAUCAGUGUCUUAAUUAAUAAUAAUAUAGUUUUAUUAAAAAGAUACUUUCGAAAUGUUCUAGAAUAUACUGCAAAAAUAUCUAUAUACUUCUCAAGUUACCAUGACACCUCAACCUCUUAAUCUAAACCAGACUAAUUAUAUUGUUUUAUCUAAUGUCCUCUUUCAUCAUUUUUUCUCAUAUGUUGUUCCCGCUAAGUGGAAGAAAGAUCAGUUAAAGUAUGUCCUAAUUAAGUAAAAUAAAUAAAGGUUAUCAUUGUUGAAAAGUUCAAACCGAAAUUUCUCUCUCUCUCUCUCAGUCUUGAAUUAAAGAUAUAAUAUACCCUCAUUUAUUAAACUAAGUCAGUCAUACAAUUGUUUUAACUGAUCUAUUUUCAAAUAUUGUUAACAACGUAUUUUUGGUGAAGUUUACUCAGUCUCAUAUUAAAGCGAUUUGAGCUAAUUUAGUAGCCAUAUGUCACAUCGAUAUAUUCGAAUUGUUUAAUAUUUUUUUAUGAUCUAUAUGUGCGUAUACUGGGCAUUUAAACUAAGUUAUAAUCAAGGAAUUUAGUUAAAAUAUCAUCUAUUGUGUUACCCGUUUGUGUUGUUAUGAUGUAGAUAAGAUCUAAUUAAUAAAUUGUUAAUUAUGAAAAUAAAUCUGCUUAAACGCGAAUUUGUUUAAAAUUGUAUGUGGAGUUUUUUAAUAAUAUAUUCGCAUUCUGUAAAAGUUUUACUAAAAUUAAUAAAACAUAUUUAUACUUCAUACUGUAAUAAGUUUUCGGGAUUACAAUAACUCCAUGAAGUUUCAUGUAACACAUAGGUUAUAGUUGUAACAAAAAUAUUGUAUCAAAGACCUAACAGCCCGCCUAGUCAAUUUCUGAAUUUUGUAUACCAUCGUUUUGUUUGUAUAUGUAAUAUACAUACACUGUAUUAUUGUCUGCAUGUGUUUAAUACUCAUUAAAUUAUAAAUUGGUUA